CAUGAUUAGCAUAUAAAAACGAGUUACGCAAAUUUGUUUCAACGUAAUCGAAAACAGCGAAAAUACAAACGCCAACAAUGCUUAUUCUCGAGGAAUUACCUGCCCUUAAACUAGCUAACAUAGUCAACCGUGUUACGCUUAGCGGUUGGUUCUUGUACGAUGCAAUUUUCAUUGGAAUCUUUACGGAUACACUGGAGCUGAACAGCAAAUUUAGGUCUCAUUUCCGAUGUGGCGGGGCGGAUAGCGAAAACAUUGACCUUGUUCGUGAACAAUGUUCGAAGCUGUACGAGAAGGAGUAUAACAACUACAGUUUUUCUAUUGACACUUUCGUUUACACUAACCUCCUAUUAACUGAAAUUGUUUGUGCUAUCAGUUGCUGUGUGAUGGCACGCCUUAUAGUCGGUGAUAACUUGUCUCCAAGUGUUCGUUACAGUGACGAGGGAAAGUCGCACGACCAAGAAAAUUCAUUACGGAGUAGAAAUAACUUGUUUAUUGCUUACUGCUGCCAACUCUUUACGAGGUGGGUGUUAAGAGUUUUCUUCAUGGUUAUGCAAACUAAUUUUCUUUAUCUGGACCUUCCCUCCUUUUCUUGUCAUCUAACCUUUGGAGCCUAUCAGCCAAGGUAUUCUUGCUACGGUGAAGGGGUCACUGCCAAAAACAUCAAGAUGAAAGUCAUCCUAGUAGUGAACGGAAUUUUUGCCUUAGGUAUUCUGAUGGAAGCUGUCUAUAUUUCACUACGAGUAUGGAAAGAUGAUAGUUUUAUUGAAAAUUCCGAGUUUUUUAAAGAUUACCUAUAUCUCUCCUCUCCAAAACGACGGCUUCGGAAAUUUAUCAAGAAUGCGAAGAAAACAAUUAAAGAAGACACCUGUCGACCUCCACAACUCCGGUCGCCUUUUUCAAGUAUUCCCGGCGAAGGACAACCAGUCUACGCCAUAUCGGGUGAGAGAAACGCAACACUUAGAGGGCUGGAAGACAUUCUCAAUCACGAAAACAAAAAAGUUUUAAUUGUUGGUCGUCCGGGAAUCGGAAAGACACUUUGCUGUACCAAAGUUCUCAGAGACUGGGCAUUUAACAGAAUAUUUCAUGGAUCGUCUGAUGCUAAAAUCCAUUUCGAUGCGGCUUUCUUUGUCAAAUUUAGAGCAUCCAAUACAGCGGCUGACCUUAGCCUCAAAGAAAUGCUCAUGUUGUCAGAACAUUCCCCCUCAAAACGCAUCGAUGAUGAGGUAUGGAAUUACAUCCUUGAGAACCCCGAAAGAGUCCUCUUUAUUUUCGACGGAAUCGAUGAAUUUAAACAUAACUCAAAGAUCGGCAAGGAAAAUGAAGACCCUCAAUUCAAAAGCCACGUGGACGAGAAGAUGCCCCUCUUCGCUCUUUAUGAGAAGCUUGCGACUGGGAAAGUUCUCAAAGGAGCUGCCGUUUUGACAACAACAAGACCUAGUGCUUUGCCAAGCAUCGAAAGUCUUCCGUUUGACAAGGUCUUCGAGAUUCGCGGCUACUCAUCCGAACAAGUCAAAGAUUACGUGACCACAUUUGCCGGAAAAGACACGCGUGCGGGAGCAAGACUCUGGCGACACAUCGGAGGCAACAUCAGCAUCCUCUCUCUAUGCUACAUUCCUGGGAGCUGCUUCAUCAUUUGCUCAACUCUGUUUCAGAUGCUGAGCUUCGAUAGUCUACCAAUGAAACUAACAGACAUUUACAAGAAAGCAGUGAAAAUUUUUUACUUGAGACAUGACAAAGAGUUCCACGGCAAGAAUUUCACUUGCGAUGACUUAGAAUCAGACGAUUUGCCCCGUGAAUGUGAAAAGAAAUUUGAAAGACUGGAAAAAAUGGCAUUUGAAGGAAUUAAAGAAAGAAGGCUGAGUUUUGGAAGAAACGAAGUAGGCGGAAUGGAAGACACCGAUCUUUUCUACCGCUUACCCGACCGUCGAACUGACGGGUUAAAACGCGAGGAACAAUUCUGUUUCAUUCAUUUAACAAUGCAUGAGUUUUUCGCUGCAAGGCACCUGGCGAACAUGGGAGAAACAGAAUUGAAGAAAUUUGUAUCUGAGAACAUCGAGGACGGAAAAUGGCAGCUGACGCUUCAGUUUCUAGCAGGACUAGUGAACGAUAAAGAAAAACUACCGAGCAAAAUUAUCACAGACCUUUUUCCUGUGAAAACCGCUGAAGAAACAGAGAGCGUAUUCUACAAUGAAGAGUGGCCAAGGAAUAGAGAGCCGAGGAAAGUCACCGGCUGGCCUACUGAAGACAGAAAACGUUUAGUGGUGACAUUACUUAAAUGUUGUAGUGAAAAUAGUGAAAUAACGGAAACAGUUCAGAGAAAACUUCAACAAAUUUCCUUUAAUUGUGUAAAUUUUCUUUUUUGUCAACUCACAUCUGCUGAUUGUGCCUCAUUAGUUACUGUGAUAAAUGUCCUAAAAAUUUCGCAUUUAGAUUUGUUUACCAAUAACAUUGGUCCAGUAGGUUGUUUUGAGAUUUGUAAAUUGUUAGAAUGUAGGGAAUCUCAACUGAGCUGGUUAAACCUCACAGGCAAUCAGUCGCAAGACGAAGGAGCAAAGUAUUUAGCUAAAGCCAUCAGAAACAGCAACUGUCAGCUACGUACGUUACACCUAUCAUUCAAUAACAUCGGAGAUAAAGGAGCACAACAUUUGGCUGAAGCCAUCAACAACGAAAACUGUCAACUAAGCACGUUAUAUCUCGCAGGAAAUGACAUCACAGAAGCAGUUAAACAGCGUGUAAAUAGUUUACUUAUCGAGAGUAAGUGUAUCCUUAAUAUAUAGCACAACUAAAACUAAAGAAAAAUAUGUUAACCACUUAUACUUCAAAAAAUGUGAGGUAACCAGCCCAGUGAAAUUACAACCCAGCAACUCAGUAGUUUUCUGAUGAGUUUAUUGAAGUUCGUUUGGAGAUUAGAACUGAGCGGAUCAAAUGAGUAAAUUAAAGACAGAUAGCUUGCUUUCUUAUUGGAGGGUGGCAAAGGAGGGGUGUCCAAUCACACAUCACGCUGAGUUUUUCCUUAAUUUUUUUAACCAAUUACGCGUCACGUAAAAAGGAGUAAGUACGCGUUGCUAAUACUGUAAGAUUUCAACCUAUCGGAUGCAUUAUUUUUUUUUAUUCUGGAAUGAAUUAUGUUUCACUAGUCAUAUUGCUUUUUUCUUAGACAAAGAGAGGGGUUUUACUUAUUGAAAAUUGACACUCCAACAGCGGUUACUCGGGAUCGCAAUAUCCCUCGUGGGUUAGGGGGAGAGGAGGGCUGACAUUCACACUACCUUGUAGAUCAAAGAGCGUUCACUUAUUACGGGAAUCUAAUUAGUAAGACGUGUAAAUCACGCGUCACCAGCAUGUAAAAUAGCAAAUCACGCCUCAGGUUGUGCUCUCCGGUUCCUCGUCACGCGGAUAAUUUGGGUUUAAUCACGCGUCACGCUGCAAAUUUUGAGGCCAUCACGCGUCAUGCAAAACCCCUUCGCCACCCUCUUAAAGAGUUGUGCUGUAUUUUCUUUUGCAAUCCAACCAAUCUAGUUGAAAUAGUCUCGUGCUUUCUGUCCAUGAAAUUGUAACCGAAUUGUAAUAAUCUAAAUUUUUGCAUUUCAAAGACAAAAGACCUUUUUGUAGAUUAGCGGUGUCAGACGUAUCAUUCAUAUUAAUUUACAUAAUCAUUUUCAGGUUUCUUUAGUUGUUGUUUAUAUUAGACUAAAUAUUACUAUGAUAAAUUGUGUGGUAUGAGACUUUUACUAAUGAAGAUGCUGCUUCGGUAGUGUUCGUAUAAAUUGCGAUGAUCACUCACAAUUUCGUAUUAUAAUCCGCAGAUCAAAUAUAUCUUAUCAAAUAAAUGUUGAAUAAAUCAUGUUAGGAGAAUCAUACUUUGUGUUGUAGCUAAUUCAGCCCCAGGCUAU